GUUUAUUGUUUUGGUUUUUCAGCUCCGAGCUCGUUCCGUGAAAUCGUGUUAAAAAUCUAUAAUAUUUAGGCUUUCUGGUCACGAAAAAGGUGAUAAAAGUGCGUUUUAAAUCCGUUUCUAAACUCCGCCCGUCGAUCCCUCUACAAGAGUGGGUCGGAAAAGUGUUGAAGAACCGCAGCACGAAAGAUCCAUUAAACCUCCACGUGGCAAAACCGCGAACGUGAGAAAUUAUGGCAGCACCACAGCAUGCCCACUGUGCCCAUCCGGGAACCUCCCGUGCUGGGCCACCACCGCUCGCACCGUGGACUCCGGACAAAAAGCACAGCGACCGGGAGCGUUGGGUUUGCAUUUACCCCACGUACAUUAACCGGAAAAAGACCCGCCAGGAGGGAAGACGCCUUCCGAAGGAGAACUGUGUGGACGAUCCAUCGAUACAGGAGAUCCGGGAUGUUUUGCAAUCGAUCAACAUGAACCUUCUGCUGGAGCUGAAGCAGUAUCCGCGGGAGCGAAGCAGAGAACUGCAGCACCGUGGACGAGUGCGGGUGCAGCUGAGAGACGAUAGUGGCCAUCCACUGAACCCCGAGUAUCCCACGCGCGACAGUCUGUUGGUGCACGUUGGCAAAACGAUCCCGAUGCUGAAAAGCAGACAAACGAAAGCGCCGGAACAAGCGCCGGUAGCUGCUACGACCAGUGCCGGACCGAAGAAAGGCAAAGGCAAACGUCGGUAAACGGAAGGACAAACACUCGCAUACCGCUUUGGAACUGGGCAAUAAACGCUGCAUUGAACAAUUAUCACGACA